UAUGAAUGAUGAUUCGGAGACCUAUAAGUUAUGGCGCAUCAAAAAGAAUAUUCUCAAGAUGUGCAAAGACCGUGGUUACCUUGUCAUAGCAAAGGAACUCGAUCAGACGAUAGAAGAAUUUAAGGCCAAUGUCGGCGAUCCGCCUAGUCGAAAAGAUUUAAUUAUGGUUGUAAAUCAUGAAGAUGAUCCAGCUGAUAUGCUUUUCGUAUUUUUUCCCGAAGAAGAUAAAGUAAAUAUGAAGACGAUCCGUGCCUAUCUUAAUCAAAUGCAACAGGACCACACAUAUAAGGCAAUAUUAGUUUUACAGGAGAAGGGGUUGACACCAUCUGCCAAGACGGCAAUAGCCACGCUAUCGUGUAAGUACACUCUUGAAUGUUUUUUUGAGAACGAACUGAUGGUGAAUAUCACGGAUCACCAGCUUGUUCCAGAACACGUGGUACUUACUGAUGAGGAAAAGAAGGAAAUGCUGGAAAGAUAUCGUCUUAAAGAAAGCAUGGUUCCAAAAAUGCAGGCCAGCGAUCCCGUGGCGCGUUAUUACGGCUUAAAAAGGGGACAAGUUGUGAGAAUAGUUAGGCCGUCCGAAACUGCCGGAAAGUACAUUACAUAUCGUAUUGUCGUUUGA